CUUGACUUUGGUUUAAUGCCUGAUCGCCUUGAUACGUCUGUCUCCUGUUUUGUGGUGAGGAUAUGGGGUGGCAAGAAUGAUACCUAUCAGCUACUGAUUGAGUGGAAGGUCAAUCUAGAUGGACUCAAAUAUUUGGGCCAGCAGAUACAUGCUCGUAGCCCGAAUGAAAUCAUUUUUGGGCUGAAUGAUGGUUAUUAUGGGGCCUUGUACGAACGAAAGGGUGUCUCAGGAAUCCAGAAGAAUCUGCAGGUGGAUCCAAAUUGUGUGCGUAACUCGUAUGAUGUCUUCUCUUUGCUAAGGCUCCACCGGGCGCAGUGUGCAAUUAAGCAGACUCAGGUAACCGUUCAGAAAAUAGGAAGGGAGAUUGAACAGAAACUGAGGCUUACCUCUACAAGCAACGAUCUGAAAAAAAAGAGCGAGUGUUUACAGCUGAAGAUUCUGGUGCUUCAGAAUGAGCUGGAGAGGCAGAGAAGAGCCCUCGGCCGGGAAGUGGCCUUGUUGCAUAAGGAACACAGCUCGCUGCUUGAAAGAGGAAAAGUAUUUGAAGAGGAACAUUCAAAGCUCCGACUAGAUAAGGAACCCCUGCAAGAAUUAAGGAAGGAAUGCACGGCCAAGAGAGAGCAAGUCUUGAAAACCAACGCUCAGCUGACGAUCCGAUGUAGGCAAUUGCUAUCGGAGCUUUCCUGUAUUUAUCCGAUUGAUACGAACGAUCAAGAGGAUUAUUUUAUUUGCGGAGUGAAGUUGCCCAAUUCUGAAAACUUUCAAGCAAACGUUUCGCAUCGAAAUGCCUUGAGUAGCAAAGCCGAGGGGUUUCAAAGCGGAUUUCCACUAUAUCUAAAAGGAGGAGAGAAGCUACAGUUUGAUUAUGGCGUCUUCCUUCUGAACAAAAAUAUUGCACAGCUUAGAUACCAGCAUGGCCUGGGGACUCCAGAUUUAAGGCAGACACUUCCCAACCUGAAAAACUUCCUGGAGCACGGUCUCAUGGUUAGAUGCGAUCGUCACCACGUUUCCAGCGCCAUCCCCGUUCCAAAGAGACAAGCUUCUACGUUUGGCAGUUUGGAUGUCGGCUUUUCCGGCAGCCACCCGUCUCCGGACAAGGGGCUUCGCAAACGGGCUAACUCGGAGAACGAGAGACUGGCGCACAAGAGCCCCGUCCCGAGCCACAACUCGGCUUCCAGCCAACCCAUCGCCAUCGCCGGAGAGACGGAGAAAAAGGCCGCCUCCUUAUCCUCCUCCUUAGAUACCUCCCUCGACUUCUCGAAAGGAAGCAAAACGGGCGAGGACUUGCGGCACGGCGGCGUCAACGGCGAGAACAGGAGCUUGAGCGGCUCCCGGGAUCCGCCGCCAGAGGCGUUCCGGGGACCUUCUCAGGCCAUCAACGGCAGCCCGUUCUCCGGCGAGCACCCCGGUACGGCCGCCCGCGAGCGGCCGAGCAUCUUCUGCGGCGCGCUCAGCACUGACCUCCUGUGUACCGUGGAGCAGGCGGAGGAGAUCAUGGGCCUGGAGGCCAUGGGGUUCGGCUCGGGAGACCAACUCGGGGCCUUUAACUAUAUCCCGGUGGAUCACGCGGUGGCGGUGGAGUGCGACGAUCAAGUCCUGGGGGAAUUUGAGGAGUUUUCCCGGAGGAUCUACGCGUUGAACAAGGACACCCCCACCUUCCGCCGGCCGCGGAAAGGGUCCGACAAGUAG